ACAGCCGCUAGUGUUCCGGUAUCGAACUAAGAUGGCGGCGUGUAUGACAACGAGCCGGCGCGAGGGGCUUCUUUAUUCUGCUCAAAAUGACCUGGUGCCGGACUGGAGGGGGCAAGAAGUCAGCACAGGGACCACCAUCAUGGCGGUGGAGUUUGACGGAGGCGUAGUGAUCGGAGCGGACUCUCGCACAACCACUGGAGCCUACAUUGCGAACAGGGUGACUGAUAAACUCACCCCGAUUCACGAUCGAAUCUUCUGCUGCCGCUCUGGCUCCGCAGCCGACACUCAGGCCAUCGCAGACGCAGUCACCUACCAGCUUAACUUUCACAGUAUCGAGCUAGACGAGCCACCACUGGUGCAGACAGCUGCGAAUCUCUUCAAGCACAUGUGCUACAGGUACCGAGAGGAGCUGAUGGCAGGGAUCAUCGUAGCGGGCUGGGACAAACGAAGAGGAGGACAGGUGUACACCGUGCCCAUGGGGGGGAUGUUGGUGAGGCAGCCAGUCUCUGUAGGCGGCUCCGGCAGCUCGUACAUCUACGGCUUCGUCGACUCCAACUACAGGACCGGGAUGACCAAAGAGGAGUGUUUAGCCUUCACCGCCAAGGCGUUGUCUCUUGCAAUGGAAAGAGACGGAUCAUCUGGGGGUGUGGUCAGACUGGCAGCCAUUACAGAGGCGGGGCUUGAGCGCAGCGUCAUUCUGGGGAAUCAGCUGCCCAGCUUUUCCACCGCCUAAAAUCUGUGUGGUUUAUAUUAGUGACAGUUACACAUCUAUUCACUCGUACCUCUUUAUUUUUGCAGUAUAGUUCCACUUUAGGACAUCUAGCGUCCUCACACUAACACACCCCACUGUAAGCACCGAAACUUUUUGAUGUCAGAAUUGAAAUAAAGGACAUGAUCAGGA